AAAAAAUUAGAAAUACCACUAUCGUCACAUCUCCGCGUUGAAAUCCCCAAAUCGAGGAAAUCAAGUCGCGUUUUCUAGGAUCCAUGUGACCAUAAUGUCGACGUAUUGGACCUGGCACAAGCGUUCCCAUCCCAUACUCCCCCCACCUUGUCCAGACUAAUGAAGGAGAGCAUCAUGGAAACACCGGUGGUGUUCCAAUGGAGAUAUCGAGGUCGACAUACAUAUACUGCCUGUGCGCUUGCCUAAACUCAUGUAAUCUGGGAUACGAUAUCGGUAUCGGCACGCAAGCAGGUAGACUGAUACAAGAUGAUCUAGGAUUGACGCGCGUACAGCGAGAACUCUUCGUAGGAAGCAUUGACUUUUGGGCGAUGUUCGGCGCGCUCUCGGCUCAGUACGUCUCCGACACGUAUGGUCGUAGGAAGACCUUCCUCGUGGCAGCAACAGGGUUCAUUUUCGGUGUCGUGAUCACCGGAAUUGCGCAGACUUACAGCGUACUUAUGCUCGGUCGCAUGCUGGUAGGAUUGGGGGUGGGAGUUGGUCUCGCGAUAGAUCCCCUAUACAUUGCAGAAAUAUCGCCUGCCAAGCAUCGUGGAGAACUCGUCACCUGGUCAGAAAUCGCUUUGAAUGUUGGGAUUGUACUAGGCUUCUCUAUGAGCAUCAUCCUUGCCCCAAUUGCCGACGGUACUGAAUGGCGAUGGAUGUUUUUCGCCGGAACUAUCAUGCCAAUCGUCAUGAUUGCGUUGGUUCUGAAAGUCAUGCCCGAAUCGCCACGCUGGCUAGUAUCAAAAGGUCGGGAAACGGAAGCUUUCGAAAUUCUGCAAACGAUCUAUCCAAAAGGCUACGAUGUGGAUCUGGUCGUACACGACAUGAAAGAAGCAUACGUUCGCGAUAGGGCAGUCGAACACGCGGCCGGCUGGCAGAUUAUAUGGAACCCGACGCCAGCCUUUCGAAGGAUUCUCUUAGUGGGAAUUGGGGUUGCUGUUGCCCAACAAGCCGUGGGUAUUGAUUCCAUCCAGUACUAUUUACUGGAUGUCCUUGAAAAAAGCGGAAUUAACUCGGAGCAGAAGCAAAACUUGCUGCUUAUUUUUCUUGGAAUGGUCAAGCUCCUGUUCAUUGUUGUUGGAGGGAAACUGUUUGAUAUAAAAGGUCGUCGCCCACUCCUUUUCAUAUCACUGAUCGGGAUGGCAAUAGCAUUGCUGAUGAUCAGCAUAACAUUCUUCAUCGCUUCAAGUACUAGUUCAGGAUUCAUCAUUUUUGGACUUGGCAUGUAUUUGGCGGCCUUUAGUGUUGGAAUGGGACCGGGGGCCUGGCUUGUUCCGGCGGAGGUCUUUCCAACUUCAAUACGGGCAAAAGCGAUGUCACUGUCUGCUUUCCUCAACCGAGCAACAGCGACACUAAUGGCCUCAACUUUUCUUUCAACUGCAAACGCUAUCGGGUGGGGAGGGUUCUUCCUUUUGCUAUCAAUCAUUUCACUUUUGGUUCUCGGUUUCUUGUGGAUCUACCUCCCAGAAACCAAGGGGCGCUCAUUGGAGGAUAUGUCGACGUAUUUUGCAGAGAUUACGGGUGACAACUCAAUUCUUGAAGCUGAAGUGAGGAUUUCCGAAGCACGUGAUCCUGCCGUGGAGCUAUCAAUUCUUAAAAAAUCACAGAGAACAACCGAUAGAGAAGUUAUCUAAAUUAUGCAUCAAAACCUUC